AUGGUGGCAUUCAACCUCGACGUCGACAUGACACUUUCCGAUCGCCAGAAAUUCUUGAUGACGCUGGCGCAGAGAUUGAAUGUGGACGGCGGCAAGGCCUGGCGUUCUUUUGUCGGCAGUGGCCGUGGACACACAACUGGGCUAUUGGCGCAGGCCCGUUACUGGGCCAGCAGUGCAGGUCUGGCAAAUCGCCCAGAACAGUCGACUAGUCAAGUCAAGCACAUCUGCCACAGCCCCGAAAGCCAUCACCAGCAAGCAUGGCUGCAAACAUUUCGCGACCUUCGACAAAGCGACGGCCAUGCGGAGGCAAAGCAGCUGCUGGCGUUUUAUCUCUCGGCGCUGAGUGGUACGCAGACAGUCGAGCGCUUCAUAGGUGCCAUGGAGAGUCUCAAGAGGCAAAGACGCACCCUUCACGAUCGGUCUCUCGAGGCCUCUAUGAAACUUGUCUUGAUGGACUUGGGCGGCCGUCGCCGACAGCGUCUGGACCCGUUGGCACUCCUAUCCAAAUCUGCGCCUGGAAGGACGUCUGGCCAGGCCACCGUCCUUCACCCUUCAACGCCAUAUCUCUUGCGAGCUCAGAAACUCUAUGGCCAGUGGUUCGGUGAACGGGCAUCUGCAGGACGUUCCCUUCAAGUUGCAAGUUUGUCUGAACUUGGCGUGGCCCAGGUGAAAGCCAAAAAACCUCGCCUAGGCGGGCCGCGGACUCUGCAGAACGAUUCAGAGGCAGCCCAACUUGGGCAGCACAGACAAUCUUGCAUGGCAGCCAUCAGUCAACUUCAGUCUGGUGCUGGCACGGAGACGAUCCUGGGUGCGGAGCUUCCUCGACCAGAGCCACAGAAGCAAGUGCUGUCUCAGAUGGCGGAUGCCGCUUGGGAAAUGUCGAAGCGGCGCAAGACAAAACAAGAUCCCGAGCCUUUGCCUGUUAUUGCUGACACCGUAUCCACUCCGACUGCCAUGGCCUCUUUGCUGGCUGGAAAGCCUUCUUCUGCCUCGUCAUCGUCCACGUCAGUGCCAGUAGAUGAUGCAAUUGAUUGGACGCAAGCUGUCAGUGCCGUUCAGAAGCAAGCGCAGGUGGCCUUGCAGAGACAGCAAGCCCAGGUGCAGGGGAAACCUGGCCAGCCCACUGCAUUCGUUGAUUCGAAAGGAGGAGGGAUGACUGUGAUCCCAGACGGUCCUGUCUCAGAGCCGCAGCCUGGCAGGAAAGUCCCAACAUUGCCAUUGAAACCAAUUUUGUUGCGUGGCCCUGGUGCGGAGAAAUCAUCUUUGAAGGGCUGCAUUCCGGCAACAUUUCCAGACAAGCCAGACAUUGUGCUGGUGUCGUCUAUAACGAGUCACUGGGAAUCGCCGGAGGGCCUUCUUGCCCGCUUAGAAGGCGCUCGUUUUCGUGACCUCGAGACAUCCCGUGAGGUGUUCUUCAGGGGAGCUACACAGUGUCAGCAUUUCGUGCUCUACGUGUCCGACAGCUUUGCGAAGCAGCACCCCGUGCAUUUGCAAGCCCUGGAAGCAUGUGCUAGCCGCAGUCCCCUGAUGUUUUCAAGCCGUGCCAAGGGAAAGGUCAAACGGCUGGAAGUGCAUACUGGAUACACGGCUCUUCCAGAAGAGCUUUUGUUUCCAGAAUUCACCUAUCUUCUCGUGGCAAAAGUCUCAGAGGGUGAAGAGGGUGCGAAGCACCAGCUGGAUUUACGCAUGCUGCUCAACCGCUGCAGCCGCUGCUAUGCUAACUAG